GAGAGAGAGAGAGGUGACUCAUUUAGUGGUGCACACAUUUUUUCAACAGGGGAGGAUCCUCUGUUGUUGAAGAAUCUGAAAGUUUUCCCACUAAAAACAGAAUUUAGUUUAAAAAAGGUGGAGAGAUCAUGAGGAAACACAAACUUUUGAGAAGCACCAACGAACUUCUUUAUCCCAUCUCUGCUCCUCCUCAGGAUGAGAGAAAGAGAAAUCAAGUAGAGUCUGUCACUGAAGAGAAGCCGAAGGAGAUAGAGAUCUUCUUGUCUUGGUAUAAACACCACUUGAGGAACCUUUUUCAGGCUUUUAAAUUUCACAAGGAGCGAAAGGGUACUUCUGUUGUGAAUCCAGAUGAUUGUGAUUGUGAUGAUGAGACUGAAUCCGAUGAUGCCCUGGAGAGGAAGAAGAUAGUUAAAGAGGAACAAACGAUAACUCUACCUGAAAUUUCUGAUCCCUCUUUACUAUUAACAGACCAAGCAAGACGUUCUCUUUAUCCUUCACUUCCUGCUCUUCUUCAAGGCAGGAAAUGGGUGUUGCUUUAUAGUACAUGGAGGCACGGUAUAACACUAUCAACUCUGUACAGGAAAAGCCAACUCUGGCCUGGUCUCAGUUUACUGGUUGUUGGAGACAAAAAAGGUUCGGUGUUUGGUGGUCUUGUCGAGGCACCUUUGGCACCAACUAAUAAUAAGUAUCAGGGAACCGACAAUACAUUUGUUUUCACUGAUAAUUCUGGCUCUGGCCUACCCACAGUAUACCGUUCCACAGGAGCAAAUAGGUUUUACACAUUAUGCUCCAAGGACUUUCUAGCACUUGGUGGUGGUGGACGGUUUGCUCUCUAUCUAGACAGUGAGCUGCUACACGGAUCAAGUGCUUGCUCAGAUACAUUCGGGAACUCUUGUUUGGCAAACUCUCAGGACUUUGAUGUUAAGCACGUGGAGUUAUGGGGAUUUGUUAAUGCCUCAAUGUAUGAUGAGAUUCUAUCUCUCAGCAGAAGAACCGAGACUAUUUGCAGGUGGGCAUGAUCCUCCUCCUGGCCCGAGAUUAUUAUGUAAUGGAAGUAACAAGUGCAUUUUUCUUUUGUAAUUGUUGUUUUCUUCUCUCUUAUAAGUGUGUUUAAUCAAAUCUCAAAUACACACUCAUUUGUAACUCAAACAAUCUUUUUUUUGUGUUUGUUUUGAUUGCUGUAAGACUGUCAUCAUAAGACUCAAUUUCUGAAUCACUGUUUUCUUGAGAAGGAGACAGAAAGUAUGAAGUUUGCGUACGAGAGCCUGUUUUUUAAACAAGGGUGUUUUUGAGUCAU